CGUGCAAUGCCUGAGGGGUCUGCUGACUCGUCAAAUGACGUUGCCAUGGGUGAAGAGUCGCCCCGCCUCUCCACUGCCUCCAUCAGCAGCAAUGAGCGUGCUCCAUCCGCCACGCCGUCCGACACCUCCGACCGCCCCGUGAGCCUGGUCUCCACCCUGUCCUCAGGGUCCGGAUCCUCCAGAGACGACCACCCUACCCCACCUCCAUCCCGAUCCUCCGACCCGGACAUCGCCCUCCACCUGAGCCCCCAGGAAGGUGCUGCGGAGGACCAGCAGCCCUGGACACGCCCACAGCAACCUGACAGGAAGGGGCGGAGCGUCAAGGAGUCGACGCCAAACCGAGGUGCAAGUCGUCGACAGACUGGUCCAUUUGGAACCAAAAUCAUGGCGCCGAACCCACAGCUGACCUACCUGGACCGGGUUGUCAUGGAGAUAAUUGAGACCGAAAGGAUGUAUGUCAGAGACCUGCGCAUGAUUGUAGAGGACUAUCUGGCCCACAUCAUUGACCAGGGUGACCUGUCCAUCCGACCGGAGCAGGUCUGCGCUCUGUUCGGGAACAUCGAGGACAUCUACGAGUUCAACAGCGAGCUGCUCCAGACUCUGGAUCUGUGCGACAACGACCCGGUUGCCGUUGCCAGGUGUUUUGUCAUGAAGAGCGAGUACUUUGAAAUCUACACUCAGUACUGCACCAACUACCCAAAUUCGGUUGCUGCAUUGACCGAGUGCAUGAGGAAUAAAUCUCUGGCGAAGUUUUUUCGGGAUCGUCAGGCGUCGCUGAAGCGUUCGCUGCCUCUUGGUUCAUACCUGCUCAAACCCGUUCAGAGGAUCCUCAAAUACCACCUGCUGCUACAGGAGAUCGCAAAGCACUUUGACCCGGAGGAGGAGGGUUAUGAGGUGGUGGAGGAGGCCAUCUACACCAUGACAGGAGUGGCCUGGUACAUCAACGACAUGAAGAGGAAACAUGAACACGCCGUCAGACUGCAGGAGGUCCAGUCUCUGCUGCUGCACUGGAAAGGUCCGGACCUCACCACGUACGGGGAGCUGGUUCUGGAGGGAACGUUCAAGGUCCACCGGGCCAAAAACGAAAGGACGCUGUUCCUGUUCGAGCGCAUGCUGCUGAUCACCAAACGCAGAGGAGAGCACUACGUUUACAAGGCGCACAUCUCUUGCUCCACCCUGAUGUUGAUUGAAAGUGCCAAAGACUCUCUGAGCUUCAGUGUCACCCACUACAAACACCCCAAACAGCCUCAUACAGUCCAGGCGAAGACGGUGGAGGAGAAGAAGCUGUGGGCUCAUCACAUCAAACGCAUCAUUCUGGAAAACCACCAUGCCAUCAUCCCACAGAAGGCCAAAGAGGCCAUUUUAGAGAUGGAUUCAAUAUACCCUCCCAGGUAUCGAUACAGUCCUGAACGGCUAAAAAAAGCUCUGUCCACUCAGUCUGAUGAGUUUCCCCGCGAUGGUCGUCAGGGGCGACGGCAGUCAGAACCAACCAAGCAGAUCCUGAAGAACACCAAAGUCGUGCUAAAGGAGGACGACAGUGGCAGUGUCUCAAAUGGCUGUAACCAGGAUGACAAGCAACUUCCUGAAGGGGAGGAGCCAAAAGUCCAUGAACCAACAUGUGACCAGCCUUCCACAGAUCAACUUUCACAAGAGAAGACGUCUGAACCACUAGAAAAACCUGAACCAGAACCUUCCUCAGAACCAGACAGUUUGCCUGUAACGCCUCCCAGGGUCUCACAGUCUCCUCCUGAGUUGGAACAGAAAGCUGAAGGGGAUUCAGAGCCUCCAGGGGAGCCGUCCUCUGCAACUCCUGAUUCAGAUUCAAAGACUCUGAGCAGCGGGGAAUCCUCCGAUGAUGAUGACGACAAGGAGGAGGCGGAGACCGAGGCUGAAAACGCCAGUAUCCUUCCAUCUUCAGUCCUGGACAAAGCCAGUGCCAUCGCUCAGCACUUCACCAACAGCAUCAAACGAGGCAGUCUGGCCCAGGAUGAUGCCCGCUCGCCGGGCUGUACUUCACCGCGGUUACCAAGCAGGACUGGCAGCACCCUGAGCCUCAGCGCUGACCCUCCCGACCGGACGUCAAGACUCAACAGCAUCUGCUCUGACCCCAUUGAGAGCUUUGGAUCCACAGACCUGACCCUGCUGUCUCCGAGGGACGAAGGUCUUUUUGAUGCCGACCGAGGCAUUCGACGGAGACGAGACUCCACGCUCUCAAAGCAAGACCAGCUGCUCAUUGGCAAAAUCAAGAGUUACUAUGAAUCCGCUGGGAGCCAGGACGCUACCUUCAGCCUCCAGCGAAGGGAGAGCCUGACCUACAUCCCAACCGGGCUGGUGAGGAGUUCCGUCAGCCGCUUGAACAGCAUCCCCAAAGACGAAACCGUCCCAAACAACGCCCCCUCAUCCACCAAUCCCAGUCUGGAUUCCUGCUCAGAUACCAGGAGUCACAUGGUCUACAGCACUUCUCAGGACUCUUUAAAAUCUCAACAAAGCAUCACAGAACCAGAAGAUUCAGGUCCAGGAGGUGAUCAGUCCAGAUCUGAGAAUCUAGCAGAGGAUGAUGAGUUCAGACCUUCUUCUGAAAUGAUCAAGAUCUGGCAGACAAUGGAACGAGAGAUGACCCAACCACAAAGUGAAGACAGAGGUCGUGAACAGCCUCGUGAAGCUUCAAGUCUCACCAGAACAAUUGGCGUCGAUUGUAAAACUCCAGACAAUGGCAGUGUGUUCGAUCUCAGCGACAUCACAGAGGAAUCGCCCACUCCUUCACCCCCAAAGCCCAAAUCCUCCAGCGUGAAUCGGACAGGAAGCCUGAAGGAUGCUCUAAAAGCGUUCGGACAGGAGUCCGUUCUCAGGGCGCCACUUCCUCGGGUCGCUCAGCUGAAGGCGGAGGCAGAGGGACAAAGACCCGUAGAGGACUCAGAGCAAGGGGAUGAAGUCGACAAGGCCAAGAGCAAAGUCCUCCAUCUGGCCCGUCAGUACAGCCAACGGAUCAAAACCACCAAACCUGUGGUCCGGCAGCGGAGUCAGGGCAUCCUGGUCCGGAAGAAGAGCCUGCCCUGUGUAGUGGAGGAGAAGGACAGUUCAGGUAAACCCAGUCUGACUCUGCCUCCUCAUCGCGCAACGGCCUCUCUGCCUCCGAAUCCUGUAGACCAGGUUUCAUCAAGGGGCCCCGGGCCGGUCCCCCCGAGCCACAAUCGUCCCCGUAGCCCCCUCAUCCCUGCCUCCACUGAGGGCUUCCACUGGCCCGACGUUCAGGAACUCCGCUCCAAAUACAGUGCAGGAGGUCAGAAGGGCGGGGUCGGCCGGAAUCGCUCCAACCUGGAGCAGGCAUUAGAUGGCGGGUUGAGACGACGUUCCAGCUGCUCAUCCAGCCUCGUCCUCAGUGAUGGAGGAGCUGCCAAGAGUCCAUCACUGAGUCCUGACAUCAGCUGUGAGGAGCGCAGGAAAAGACUACACAGAGCCAAUUCUCUAGACCCUUGGCUGAAGAGCCCACUCGGAGACCUGCAGAAGCUCCGGCAGGACUCUAGCGUCAGCUACGAGGGUUACUAUGUUGCAGGUGAGGCACCUACCAACGACACCGAACACAAGAUCAUCAUCAUGGAGAGAAAACCGUCUGACAGAGAAGAGGAAGACGACAGCUAUGUUCAGAUCCGGUCACCAACCAGCAGGGAAAAGAUCUCCAUCAUGGCCGUCAUUGACCGCUGCCGGGCCUAUCAGGAGUCAGACGAGUAUAAACAGGGAGGAGCCAAAAAACAAAACAGAGCCCAUGAGGCCGCAGGAACCUGAGGUCGGCGAGUCCCAGAGCAUGAACGUAAACCCUGGACAGAAGAAUGACGGCGGUCAGCAGAGCAUCGUGAAGAACCUGAGGGAGAAGUUUCAAAGCCUCGGCUGAACAAACAACAACAGGAUUUCAGUAAAACCAGACACUGGGAGUCAGUGCUGUGGAUCAGUAAAUGUGUCGGGUCAUUAAACC